AUGGAGGAAUACUUGGAGUACAUGAAGACCCUGCGCUCUCAAAUGAACGAUGUGGAAGAUCAAGCGGCAAAGAUUUCGGUUGAAGAGGAAAUGCAAUUGACCAACAUACGCACUUUGGAAAAAGACAUUGAUUCAGCAAAAUCUGGAAUAACGCAACUCAAGGAAGACACUGAAAAGAUGAAAGGGGCAAAGGGUGAGAUAUGCUCAAAGAUAUUGGAAAAACAGAAAAGGAUUGCCUCUUUGGAGUCUGAUACAUUCAACCUCACCCAGACUUUGGAGCUUAUUCAGCAUGAGAGAGUUGGGUUAUCUGCCAAACUUUCAGAGAAGAGAGCCUACUAUAGCAAGGUUGCAGAGGACAUGAGUGCCAUAUUACUGAAGCAACAGGAAUGGUUCAGUACUAAGAAGAUUAGCAGAGAGCUGAAAGAGCAUGAGUUGGUCAUGGAAAAUCUUGCUGGGCGAAGAAGUAAAGCUGAAGGGAAGGCUGAUGCUGAUGGUAACCCUAUCAUGGAUAACCUGGGGGGUGAUGUAAGGAAGAACUUAAUCGCUGAAUUGGAUUCUGCUAAAGCAAGGCUUGAUGAGAUUCUUAAUUUGAAAGCCAAGGUUCUUACGGAGAGCAACAAGAUAAAACUGGCUAUUGAGGAUGUGAAGUGCAGAGAAAAUGAGUUUAAGCCGGACCUAAAAGCUGCAGAUAUAUCUGCUCUUGAAGAGGAAUAUAACGCCCUUUUGUCAGACAAAGCUGGAGAAACUGAAUACUUGCAGUCUCUAGAGAAACAAGUAGAGAAACUCAAGGAGAUCCGUCAUGUGGUAAAAUGUUCUUGUGGAGAGGAAUACACAGUUGCAGUGAAUAUGUAA